AUGUCGUACGCUAGCUCUGAGAGCGUCGGUACCACUGACACGAACCCCUGGCUCGAAGUCGGCGGCACGGAGUCGUUCUGGAACCGUAUGGCAGAGAAGUAUCCGUCGGCGACCGCGUCUAUCGGCCCGGGAAACCCCAUGUCGGGCACCGUUCCGCGCCUCCUCGAGGCGAUGCAGUUGCUCGGCCCCGAUGCCGCUACGUACGGGAAGAAGCUCAAGGUCCUCGACGUCGCAUGCGGGACGGGCGUGGUACCGAUGCUGCUCGCUAUGCACUACAAUCUCAAGGAACCGAAGGUGGAGGUGGAGGUCGUCGCCGCCGACUUCUCGGCUGAUAUGGUGGCACAUGCCGUAAAGGCAAUGCAAGAUGGCGGAUGGAAAGGUGUCAAGGUCGAGCAGAUGGACGCGCAGAAUCUUACAUAUCCUGACAACGCUUGGACGCACAUUACGUGCUCUUUCGGGGCGAUGAUCUUUCCAGAGCCAGACCUCUUCUUCGAGGCUGCUCACCGCACUCUUGCACCCGGGGGUUUGCUCGGAUUUACGGUCUGGAAGUCCGUUGGAUGGGCUGUGCUCAUCCCCGCCAUCAUCAAGCGCAUCCGCCCUUCGGAUCCUUACGGCCAGCAGCCGUUCCGGGCGUGGAGGUACAGAUGGGAGCACGCAGACUUCAUCGAGUCCAUCUUGGCCCGGCACAGUUUCGUAGGCGUAAACAUCGAGAAGAUGGAGGCGACCCUGCGGGCGCCGAACCUCGACAUGCUGAAGAAGGGUAUGUUGUCCUCGGUCGCCGAAGAGAUCGUGAAGGAUUGGAACGAGGAAGAGAAGGCGCAGUGGGGAGACGCAGUGAAUGAGGCGGCGAAGGAGGUGCUUGAAGCGCAGGAGGACGGGAGUGUGAGUAUACCGAUGGUGGCUUGGAUUGUGACUGCUAGGAAGGAUUAG